AUGGCUCCGGCGAUGUCCAACCCUCUCCUCAGUGAUCGGGUGGCACGCUCCAAGAAAGUCCCAUCUAGCCACGUUAGAGCGGUGGGAGACCGCCCAGACCUCGCCAAUGUCGACCACGAGUCCGGCGCGGGCAUUCCGCUCAUCGACCUGAAGCAGCUCGAAGGUCCAGGGCGCCGCAGGGUCGUCGAGGCCAUCGGCUCCGCGUGCGAGAACGAUGGGUUUUUCAUGGUGACGAAUCAUGGCAUCCCAGAGGCGGUCGUGGAGGGGAUGCUGAGCGUGGCGAGGGAGUUCUUCCACCUGCCGGAGUCGGAGCGGCUCAAGUGCUACUCCGACGACCCCAAGAAGGCGGUCCGGCUGUCGACGAGCUUCAACGUGCGGACGGAGAAGGUGAGCAACUGGCGCGACUUCCUCCGGCUGCAUUGCUACCCUCUUGAGAGCUUCGUCGACCAGUGGCCGUCGAACCCGCCCGCCUUCAGGCAAGUCGUCGGCACCUACUCGACGGAAGCGAGAGCGCUGGCGCUGAGGCUCCUGGAGGCGAUAUCGGAGAGCCUAGGGCUGGAGAGAGGCCACAUGGUGAAGGCCAUGGGGCGGCACGCGCAGCACAUGGCGGUGAACUACUACCCGCCGUGCCCGCAGCCGGAGCUCACCUACGGUCUGCCAGGGCACAAGGACCCCAAUGCCAUCACGCUCCUCCUGCAGGACGGCGUCUCCGGCCUGCAGGUCCAGCGCGACGGCCGGUGGGUGGCCGUCAACCCGGUGCCCAACGCCCUCGUCAUCAACAUCGGCGAUCAGUUACAGGCGCUGAGCAACGACCGAUACAAGAGCGUGAACCACAGAGUGAUCGUCAACAGCGCGAGCGAGAGGAUUUCGGUGCCGACGUUCUACUGCCCGUCGCCGGACACGGUGGUCGCGCCGGCCGACGCGCUGGUGGACGACGCCCACCCUCGGGCCUACCGGCCCUUCACGUACCAGGAGUACUACGAGGAGUUCUGGAAGAUGGGCCUUCAAUCAGCAAGUUGCCUCGACAGGUUCCGACGGAUCGAGUGA